AUGUGCUCGGGCGGCCGUCCAGUUAUUCAACGUGCUGUUGGGCACGUUUUGGCACAAUAUCGCCAGAUACGUGCCAACAGCCAGCCAUCGUCGGCUGUCUUAUUACUACAGGACGCCGGAGAUAUAUGGCGAUUGCCAACAAGUGUCGGCGUGUCCAGCGUAUCCAGCUCUGGAUACGGUCAGCUAAUGAGGAUACCACACCAACAUAUGGAUAUCAACAACAAACAGCUUUCCGCAAAAAAUACUAGUUGGUUGGUGAUCCUAUUAGCGGUGUUGUAG